AUGAAAUAUACAUGGUGUGUGGUAUGUGAAGUGUUGAGGUUGAAGCCAGCAAUUCUCGGGACUUUCAGAGAGGCCAUCACCGACUUCAUCUAUGAAGGAUAUCUAAUUCCAAAAGGAAUGAAGUUGCACUGGAAUGCAUAUGGGACACACAAAAAUCCCGAAUAUUUCCCUAAUCCAGAAAAGUUUGAUCCGUCGAGGUUCCAAGGGGCUCCAAUGUGCCCCGGCAGAGAAUACGCACGAUUCAAGGUAUUGGUCUUCAUGCAUAAUUUGGUCAUCAGAUUCCGGUGGGAGAAGCUUUUUCCGGACGAGAAAAUGAUAAUGGACCCAAUUCUUGUUCCCACCAAAGGACUUCCAAUUCGGCUUUAUCCUCACACCUCAAUUCAACGACCUUGA